AUGGGCCGGUUCUAUACUAUCUACGUCGCCACGUUGGCCGCGACGGGGUCGUUCCUCUUUGGCUAUGAUAGCGGUGUUAUGACAGAUGUGAUUGAGUCGCCCAAUUUCUUGCGGUACUUCAAUACUUCGCAGACGUCGGCGCUUAUCGGUGCCAUCAACAGUACCUUCUCGGGCGGAGCCGUCAUCGGUUCCUUGCAAGGCGGCCUGACGAUGGACCGCUUUGGCCGCAAGUUCACGAUCCAAAUGGGUGCCCUCAUCUGUCUCAUCGGCGCAACCCUGCAGGCGGCUGCCCAGAACUUGUCCAUGAUGCUAGUGGGCCGCAUCCUAGCAGGAUGGGCCGUUGGGCUCAUGUCUAUGUCUGUCCCGGUCUACCAGGCAGAGUUUGCCCAUCCGAAAUCUCGCGGCUUGAUUGUGGGAUUGGCACAACAGAUGAUCGGUAUCGGGUUCAUCGUCAGCACAUGGAUAGGAUACGGAUCCCUUCACGCGUCAGACUCCAGCCAGUUCCAGUGGCGUUUCCCGCUCGCCUUCCAGGUGGUUCCAGCCUUAGUUCUGGUCGUGGGGAUGAUCUUCCUGCCCGAGUCCCCACGGUACCUGAUUGAGAAGGGAAAAUACUCGGAGGCAAGGCGCGUACUGCACAAGCUGCACUUCGACGGCACCAACGAGGACUGGAUUGAGGCGGAAUACCACGAGAUCUGCCGGACGAUUGAAGCCGAGAAGGCUGUUGCGGCACCGGGCUGGAUGCCCAUGUUCACCGUCCCCCAAUGGCGGACUCGUAUGCUCCACGGCCUCGCCAUCCAGGUCUUCACUCAGAUGACUGGCAUCAAUGUGAUUGGGUAUUACCAGACGAUUAUGUACAAAGCACUCGGGUUCACGGGGAAUCGCAACACCCUCGUCGCCGGCCUUUACAACUGCGUCGGCCCGAUCACGAACCUGAUUUUUGUCGUGUUCAUUCUCGAUCGCGUUGGCCGCCGCAAGCCCCUGCUUUUCGGCACGGUGGGCAUCUCACUCGCGCUGAUCUGCGAGGCGGCGUUGAACUCGCAGAAUCCGGAUGGCCAACGUAUCGGGUACAGCAUCGGCGGGGUGUUUUUCAUCUUCGCAGUCUCGGUGGUGUUCUCGCUGUCUUUUGGACCUGUUAGUUGGGUGUAUAUGGCGGAGGUGAUGCCGAUGCAGAUCCGGGGCAAGGGUAACGCCGUCGCCGUCGCCAUUGGGAACUGGGCGGUUAGCACCCUGUGGAAUCAGGUAUCCCCUAUUGCGCUGGGCAAGAUCAAGUGGAAGUUUUAUUUUGUGUUUGUGGCGUGGAAUCUGUGCGUAUCGCUCCCGGUAAUCUAUUUCUUCUUCCCGGAGACAAAGCAAAAGACGCUCGAGGAGAUCGACCUGUUGUUUGGAGAGCGAGUGCUGGAGCAGAUGUCCGAGGAGGGCGAAGUCGUGCAGCUGCGGUCGGAUAAGGCGGAGGCGGGGGUGACGGCGACGAACGUUGAGAAUGCGAGAAUUACUCACCGCUAG